AUGGCGCACCGUGGAGAGUCUUUUCACAAAGAUGUGUGCUGCAUUGCUGAUCUGAAGAGAUUAGGGAGUAGUCGGCUGGCUCCGAUGGUUAGAGACUAUUACAAUGAAGGAGCUAUGGAUUUGAUCACUCUCAACGAGAAUGAAACCGCCUAUGAUCGAUACAAGAUCCGCCCCCGAAUCCUAAAAAAUGUUGACAAAAUCGACACCAGCACAGAGAUUCUUGGUAGCAAGGUCUCCCUCCCAUUCGGCUUCAGUCCCGCCGCAUCAAUGAAACUAGCCCACUCAGACGGUGAACUCGCAACCUCACGUGCAGCGGCGAAAUACGGCCUCGUCAUGGGUCUAUCCUCGUACUCAAAUUAUCCUCUCGAAGAUGUUGCCGCGCAGGGAACGGGUAAUCCAUAUGUGAUGCAGAUGUGCGUGCUCCGGGAUCGGUCACUUACGAUUCAGCUUUUGGAGCGGGCUGAGAAGGCUGGAUACAAGGCACUCUUUCUGUCAGUUGAUGUACCCGUUUUGGGAAAACGGUUGAAUGAAUACCGCCAUGAGUAUCGCAUUCCGGAAGAUAUGUCUUGGCCGAAUAUUCUGAGUCACGGCGGCGAUACUUCUGACCGCACUGAUUAUGAUCCCAGUCUGGACUGGGAAAGCACGAUUCCUUGGUUGAGACAGCAUACUUCUCUGAAGAUCUGGCUCAAGGGUGUAACCUCUCCCGAAGACGUAGAGCUAGCUAUCAAAUAUAGUGUCGACGGAAUUGUCGUCUCAAACCACGGAGGCCGCCAGCUAGAUGGCAUGCCUUCGACAUUGGACGCCCUUCGUGCCUGUGCGCCGGUAGCAAAAGACCGGAUCCCGAUUGCAGUUGAUGGUGGAAUCCGUCGAGGUUCGGAUAUCUUCAAAGCUCUAGCUCUGGGAGCGGACUUCUGUUUUAUGGGAAGGAUCCCCUGCUGGGGUUUGGCUUAUAACGGACAAGAAGGAGUUGAACUGGCGAUCCGAAUUCUGCGCCAGGAGUUGCGUAUCACCAUGGCACUGGCCGGGUGCCGAACGAUCGGCGAGAUUCAAAAAUGUUAUCUUUCAGUUUUGCAGCCAGAUGGUGUCCUCUCGAAGCUGUAA